AGGCGCCGGCGGGAGUCGGGGAUCCUGCUUUGGGGCCCAGAUGGGGGAACCCCGGGCUGGGGCCCCCCUGGACGAUGGCAGCGGCUGGACAGGAAGUGAGGAAGGAAGUGAGGAGGGCACCGGUGGCAGCGAGGGCGCAGGGGGCGAUGGGGGCCCUGACGCAGAGGGUGUCUGGAGUCCCGACAUUGAGCAGAGCUUCCAGGAGGCCUUGGCCAUCUACCCGCCGUGUGGCCGGCGGAAAAUCAUCCUGUCGGACGAAGGCAAGAUGUAUGGUCGGAAUGAAUUGAUUGCUCGCUACAUCAAGCUGAGAACUGGCAAGACCCGAACUCGCAAACAGGUCUCUAGUCACAUCCAGGUUUUGGCCCGAAGGAAAUCGAGGGAAAUCCAGUCCAAGCUCAAGGCCCUGAAUGUGGACCAAGUUUCCAAAGACAAGGCUUUCCAGACUAUGGCCACCAUGUCCUCGGCCCAGCUCAUCUCGGCACCUUCUCUGCAGGCCAAACUGGGUCCUGCUGGUCCUCAGGCCUCUGAGCUCUUCCAGUUUUGGUCAGGGGGCUCUGGGUCCCCAUGGAAUGUUCCAGAUGUGAAGCCAUUCUCACAGACCCCGUUCUCCUUGUCACUGACUCCCCCAUCCACUGACCUCCCAGGGUAUGAGCCCCCCCAAGCCCUCUCUCCUCCUGCCCUGCCCCCACCUGCCCCAUCACCCCCGGGCUGGCAGGCUCGGGCCCUGGGCACUGCCCGGUUGCAGCUGGUGGAGUUCUCAGCUUUUGUGGAACCUCCUGAUGCAGUUGAUUCUUACCAGAGGCACCUGUUCGUACACAUCAGCCAGCACUGCCCCAGCCCUGGCGCACCCCCUCUCGAGAGCGUCGAUGUCCGGCAGAUCUAUGACAAGUUCCCAGAGAAGAAGGGCGGCCUGCGGGAGCUGUAUGACCGUGGGCCCCCUCACGCCUUCUUCCUGGUCAAGUUCUGGGCCGACCUAAACUGGGGCCCUAGUGCUGACGAAGUGGGGGCCAGCGGCGGCGGCAGCAGCGGCAGCAGCGGUGGCUUCUACGGCGUGAGCAGCCAGUACGAGAGUCUGGAGCACAUGACCCUCACCUGCUCCUCCAAGAUCUGCUCCUUUGGCAAGCAGGUGGUGGAGAAGGUGGAGACUGAGCGUGCCCAGCUGGAGGAUGGGCGCUUCGUGUACCGCCUGCUGCGCUCACCCAUGUGUGAGUACCUGGUGAACUUCCUGCACAAGCUGCGGCAGCUGCCCGAGCGCUACAUGAUGAACAGCGUCCUGGAGAACUUCACCAUCCUGCAGGUGGUGACCAACAGAGACACCCAGGAGCUGCUGCUGUGCACCGCCUACGUCUUCGAGGUCUCCACCAGUGAGCGGGGGGCUCAGCACCAUAUUUACCGGCUGGUCAGGGACUGAAGGGGCACCCCAG